UGUUGGGUAGUUUAACUCAUGAACAAUUUGAAAAUUAGCAAGGGUCGAGAGAUACAACUACCAAGUGAACCCGAUUCACACCGGUUUGCCUCUAGUCGUGAGUGAUAGACUCUUGAAUUAUCAAUUUCUUUGUCACCUCUCGGAACUCAAAAUCAAGAAUCGACGAGAAGAAUAACAGUCCCUUCACUUUUUCGUUAUGAAUUUACACUGAAAAAAUCUUUCUACAAUUGACUUGGUCUCUCGGAGUUGGCAGUGGAUGGACGCCUUGAGAGCAUCGUAUGGAGAUAUUUCGUCCGACUCCGAUUCGGAAUCAGGUCCGACCCGUAUCUCGGACCCCUCCCCUCUCCCUCCGCCGCCCCUCUCUCUUCUGCAGCCGCCACAUUCAGCUGGUAUAUCCGAUAUUUUCCAAAGAGAUCAUCCAAAUCGAGUCCGUAGCUUCCCUCAUGUCGAGGGUAAUUACGCUUUGCAUGUAUAUAUCCCAGUGUAUAUUCCCGUUUCAUCAAGAAAGGAGAUAGCGCCCCUUCUGAAAAGGGUUGCAGCCGCUGUAAAUGAGUUUCAUGUGGUUGAUGUAGACAUCCCCUUAAGUAGUUUAAUUAACGACGAGCAAAAGCUCGAUCAAGUUGUACUUGGGAGGGAAUUCCAUGUGAGUUUGGGAAGGGCUGUUCCGAUUCGAGUGCAUCAGCGAGACUCGCUAGUAGCUAUGCUUCGACAGAAACUACAUUCUCAUAAGAGGUAUUGGAUUGAUUUUGACAAAUGGGAUGUUUUUGUCAAUGAUGAUUGUACGCUGACCUUUCUCUCGUUGGAAGUUACCGGAGCUGGCUUAGCCGAGAUCCAGAAGCAAAUUGAGUUGGUGAAUGGAGUGUACAAGCUUCAUAAUCUUCCAGAGUUUUAUCAGAAUCCACGUCCGCAUAUAUCUGUAGCUUGGGCAACCGGUGAUAUAAGCGAUUCUUUGAAGAGUGUGAUCGGAGCUGAAGUGAAGAGGCGCAUUGGAGUUUCAUCAAACAAACGCAUUUUUAGCUGCAAAUUUGGUGGGAUUUCAUGCAAAAUAGGUAACAGAAGCUAUGAUAUAUGCAAGGUCUCGGAGGUGUGAGCUUUAUGAUUGAUCAGUGGAGUAACUGCACCACUUCUUCAAUAUGUGUUCCAUGAAAUGUUUUGAAGCCUGCACGUUUUGGAGUAAUUUGGCGCUCCACACCUGUCUUUGGAGGGAAGUUCCGAUGAUUAACUUGACACUAGUUGAAAAGGUUGGAAUAGAAGUGAUGAGUUUUAAAUUCUGGGAUUGGAUAGAAUUGAUAAAAUCAUUAAAGGUUGUAUAAGAUUGAUAAUUUUCCAAAAGUUGGGAUAAAAUUAUUUAAAGUUUAAAUA